GUCUCGUUCGACGUUGGGCAACGAGAUUUGAAACAUGGGUUGCAAGACAAGAAAAUGUUUUGGUGAUACGUGUUGAUGAUUAAGCGCCGUGCCAGUGAUUCAUUUCUUCUAGGAAAAUACACAUUCAGAAAAUAUUUUCGAUAAAUUAGCUGGCUCAAAGAAAAUGGUGAUGAUCAUUGUAGAAAACCUGCGAGGGUUUUUUGUGUCUAGGCCUCCACUGGUGAUUUUUAUGAUUUGCCUUGGCUCAUUUGCUGUGGCUCUUAUCACUUUUGCAUAUAUUAUCAAGAUAAAGGACAUGCCAAAUCCAGAUGUAACAGAGGACUGGAACACUUUUCUGGAUGGACUUCAAGAGACUGAGUUCUGUGUGGUCAGUUAUACAGAAGAGGCUGUUGGCCUUUCUUUGCCAACACAGCGUCCUGAUCAGCCCCUUAUCAAUCACCUGCUCAACAUACACAAAACUCGGGCACAAGAUGAAGAUCCUUCACCAGUGAUACCUGUGUCUGCACCAACUACAACAGUGACUCCAUCAACAGCUGAUCAGCUUGUAAACAUCACUAUGCGGCUUGAUGUGAAAAUCUAUGCGACCUACAAGCUAGUAAAUCUGACCUCAUUCCACAAUCUUACCAUCAUCAACACGUCAUUACGUGGACAUCAGAUAGGCCUGACUGGUCGCAGAAAAAAUCUUGAGGCCAAUGUUACUCUUGUAUUGCCAUCUUUGAAGCAAAGCUCACGCUGCUCCCAUAGCAACUGCUAUGCUCUGAGGUCCUGCGUCACCUUUACAGCACCACCUUCCUUCUUCCCCCAUACCAAACGCCCUCGUGAUGAUGAGUCCUGCCCUCGAGAGUUGGACUUUGGAACAGAUGGCCACUUUCACCUGGAGGUCGUGCAUGGCUUUCAUCAGUGCCGGAAUGCCUCUCCUCUGAUUCUGAGCCACACUUACGACCCAGAGCUCACAGUCAUGCUCUCACUGCAAGACCGCUCCCUGAUUAAUCUUCACCUUAUGCACACCAGCUACUUUCUCUUUGUGAUGGUCAUCACUCUCUUUUGUUAUGGUCUGAUCAAGGGACACCCUGCCAAGGUCAAGGCAUUUCAUGCUCACGUUGCAGAGAAGGUUCCAUCUCAGGUAUAAGAAGUUUGUGUGGAAGUGCUGUUAAUGAUUCAUCAUCACAGCUUGUCAGCAGAGAUGGUUUCUGUCCCAACAUUUUCAUUGAAAAGGAUCUCCAUUGAUGUGAAGCUCUAGGGCUUGGAACAGAAGUUGGAAAAUCUGUAUGAAGAAAGGGCACAACGAAAGUACCAAGCUUUGUCUUUCUGUCUUACUGUCAGACAUGCAUGAUGACAAGAGCACCAUACACUUUAAAAUGUUGCUUUCCUAUGCAGACUUCUCCCUGUUUGCCUUAUUAUUUUGGAGGAUAUGAUCAUAAAACCAUCUACCUCCAUUUUAUUUCAGACAGGUGGUAGAAAUAUCUGGAAGGGAUGCACUAUUUCAAAUUAGUAAAGGAGCACAAGAAUGUUUUGAUACAAAAUAAGUUAUGACAUUAAUAUAAUUAUAUAGGUAGUUAUAUACAUUUUUCUCUGUACAAAUUUAUUAUUUGUUUUAGUCGCUGUUAACAGUAUGGAUAUCUUGUUAAUCACUGUAUCCAGAGCUGGUUGAACAGAUGCAGUGCUGAUUUUAACAGGUCAUCUGUUACUUGCGUCAUUUUAAAAUGAAUGUCUUUCACAUUAAAAUAAGACCAAAUUUCAAAGUAAGCUGCUUCAUGUUAUCUUGAUGGGUAGACAGACACAAAAUUAUAACUAAAAUAUACUAAAGAACAGUCUUGUUGUUCUGUCAUUUGUAAAUGGUAGGAAAAGGAAUCUGGUACUAUUAUAAUAUGGUUUCAUCCAGAUAUAUCAUAAAUUUUAGAACUUGCAAUUGGCAGUGAAAUCAAUAUAUCAAUAAAGAUCUACAUUUACUAACUCCAGUAUUGUUACUAUACUGUUGCAUAUAUUGGUUCACAUAAGAUCUUUCAUAAAAAGUGCACAGACAUUUUAAAGCUUUGUGUUGUAAGUGGUGGAGAGAAUUGUUUCUUAAGCUGUUAAGCAUCUCAAUUUGGACUAGAUUAUUAAAUUUGGCCCAGUCUAGGUUGUUGGAUAUAUUUAUGAACUUUUAGGUUUGCUUACUAUGGUUGACAUUCCAUUUUCUUUAACAAUACACAUCAUGCAUGUAGAGAAGUGAAACAUUUUUUUCUGUUGGUGAAAUCCAAAUACGUGUGUGUGUGUGCAUGUAUGCACAUGUGGAGAAGAAAGAUAUGUCUUAUCUUUUCAGUCUUUGGUUGUGAAACAGGGUCAUAGCUUUUCACUGUUAUUUUUGUAAUUUGUAAAGCUUUGACUUUGUUUUUGUGUCUUGAAAGUUCCCUUUAUGUAAUUUUGUGACAUUAUUUUUGAAGUAGAUGAGCAUGUGUGUGUGCAUGUGCACUUGCAGUGUGCAGAAUGUGGUGAUUACAUCUCAACACAAAUGCAAACCUAUAUAGUAUUUGCUUGCUUGUUUUUCAUUGAUUUAUCUUAAUCUGCUUUGUUUUGAAAGUUAAGACAGUACUCUUUGCUUUCACAAAGAUAAGAUGGUGAGGAUUGUUCAUUGCAGGUUGAGAUAAGUUGGGCAUAUUAUUUUCUCUGGGUGUUGAAGCAGUUUAAAGGGCUGGUCUAGCUCACUCUGAUGUAGUCUUAGUUGUCAACAGAUUCAAACACCACUAACAACCAAUAUCUCUUGCUGUGAGACUCACAGUUAUGAAAGAGCAUCAAAGAACAACUUUCUUGGAGACAUACAGUUUGGAAAGAGAGCCGAUGACUGUUAGGUAUAUUGGCUUUUGAAUCAUUGCGUUUUACAGUAGCAUGAUGUCUCUGUGCAAAGGAGAUCAUAGGUGUAAGAUUUAUUAAAGAACUGCAAUCUGAA